CCCUGUACUCAUUCGAAAGAAGGCUGAGAAAGGUGACACACACCAUCGUAACGCAACAGUGCAACACGUUGGAGCUGUUACCAUUUUGUCGUAUCAACCGAAUCGUGAUAUUUGUAGUCAAAAACAUAAUGACUACCUUUAUGGAACUUGGUUUAAACGACUGGCUGGCGAGACAGUGUGCCACUAUGGGUCUUAAUAAACCAACUGAAAUUCAACUUAACUGUAUACCACCUAUUCUUGAGGGUGAAGAUGUUAUUGCUUGUGCCAAGACUGGCAGUGGGAAGACUGCUGCCUUUGCUCUGCCAGUUUUGCAAAAAUUGUCAGAAGAUCCAUACGGGAUAUUUGCUCUUGUUCUUACCCCAACAAGGGAGCUGGCUUUCCAGAUAGCUGAACAGUUCAGUGUUCUAGGAAAACCCUUGGGGGUUAGAGUUACCGUGAUUACAGGAGGUCUUGAUAUGUUACAACAAGGUGUUGACCUGACAGUGAAACCUCACAUUGUCAUAUCGACACCAGGCAGGCUGGCAGACCAUAUUGAAAGCUGUACAAACUUCAACCUGAAGAGGAUAAAGUUUCUUGUACUUGAUGAAGCAGAUCGUCUAUUAGAAGACAAUUUUGGCAGUCAGCUGGAAAUAAUAUUUAAGGUUUUACCCAAGAAGAGACAAACAGUACUGGUUAGUGCAACUAUGACAGAGACUUUGAAUCACCUACAAGAGAUUACCAUGAACAAACCAUUCUUCUGGCAACAAGAGGCAAGUGUGGCCACGGUGGAAGAGUUGACUCAGACAUAUGUGUUGAUGGCAGCGGACAUGAAGGAUGCCUACUUGGUACAUAUAGUGCAGUCCUUCACUGAGGAACAUCCGCAGAGCUCAAUCAUCAUUUUCACAAGCACGUGCAAGUAUACUCAGAUCUUGGGUAUGAUAUUUGGAGAAGUGGGCUUUGAAGUAGCAGUCUUGCACUCCAUGAUUCCUCAACGCCAGAGACUGGCUCUCAACAAAUUCAAGUCAAAUGAAGUGAAAAUUCUUCUUGCCACAGAUGUUGCCAGCAGAGGACUGGACAUCCCAACAGUAGAUCUUGUCAUUAAUCACAAUGUGCCAAACAGACCUAAGGAUUAUGUCCAUCGAGUGGGACGCACAGCGAGAGCAGGUCGAGGUGGUGUGUCACUUACAUUGGUCACACAGUUUGAUGUGAAGCUGGUACAUGCUAUAGAAGCCUACAUCAAUGCAAAGCUGACAGAGUACAAGACAAAUGAAAAGGCUGUCAUGGACAUUCUCAGUGAGGUGGCUGUAGCAAGACGAGAAGCUGAAAUAAAACUGGAUGAACAGGACUUUGGGGAAAAGAAGGCUAUAAUCAAGAGAAAACAUCUUCAAGAAUCAAAGGAUCAAAAAGUUUUGCAGAAAUCCAGGAAAUUAGAACGCAAGAAAAUGAAUUCACGACAAAAGUCUUUAAAAAAGACACCGAAGGAGAAACAAAAGGACUGAACUUGAAUAUGGAGAAAGUUGCACAUGACAAUGCUCCAUUAAAAAUUAAGGUGUGACAAUGGCUACUCCUCUAAGCUGUUCUGCUGGUCCCAAAAGCCAAUGCUGUCAACUUUGCAAUGUUACUAAAAUAGGGGAAAUUAUUCAAAUAAAAAACAAAAGAUUUUGCAUACAUAUGAAGCCGUGAGUGAAGUAGUGUGAUUUAAAGGUAUUUAAUACAUAUUUUUGGAAAUAAGGUGCUUGUAUGGAGAAGUUUUCGUUGAGUAACAACAUGAUGCACUCCAGGACACUUAUGGCCAAACUACAAAUAUAUUGGCACAAGCAUUUGCAAGAGGACCAGUUGUAAUUCUUAAAUGCUUGUAUAUUUGGUACGCAAAACCUGGUGACAAAAUAAAUAUGAUAAAACAAUAGUAACUUAGACCAGGCUUUUGUUAGCAGGAUAUGAAUGAGACAGGUUGUGGACCUGGGAAAGAGAAAGCGCAAAGUAGAUGACAUGAGAAGAACACAAGGAAAGAGGUGGUGAAACUUGGACAACUCUACAUGCAAAAAGACUGAUACUUUCAAGGAAGUCAAGUCACCAGGGACAAGGGUGAGAGAACCUCCCCCAGUGUAGUGGCACUGUGGAAAUUGUAUAUCAUGUGACCUUACCUGGAAGUAAUUUGUGGUCUAUGACAUCCUUUGUACUGCACUUUAAUAAACAAAGUAUUGUGGUUA